AUGCCUGCGAAGACAUCUGAGAACUACCCCUCUGCCUAUGAGGCUGCCGACACUGCCACCGACUCUGGCUAUGUCAGUGGUGGCUCUAGUGAUGACUACUCCCCAGAAAUCGUCUUCACCAAGCCUCACUUGAACUUCCUCAACAGACAAUUGCAGUUUCUUGAGCCUCAAGACGUCCUGAGAUGGUGUGUCACCUCUCUGCCUCACCUCUACCAGACCACCGCUUUCGGUCUCACUGGUCUUGUGACCCUGGACAUGCUCUCUAAGCUGGACGUGCCCCGGCCCCAGAUGGUUGAUCUCAUCUUCCUCGACACUCUCCACCACUUCAAAGAGACUCUGGAUCUGGUCGACCGUGUCCGCCAGAAGUAUCCUCUGGUCAACAUCCACGUCUUCAAGCCUCAGGGUCUCGAGACCGAGGAAGAAUUUGCUCAGAAGUACGGUGCCCGUCUCUGGGAGAAGGACGACCAGUUCUACGACUGGGUGGCCAAGGUUGAGCCUGCCCAGCGUGCCUACCGCGAACUCAAUGUUCACGCUGUCCUUACUGGACGUCGUCGCAGCCAGGGUGGCAAGCGUGGUGACCUCGACGUCAUCGAGGUUGACGAGGCUGGCCUGAUCAAGAUCAACCCUCUCGCCAACUGGACCUUCGAGCAGGUCAAGCAAUACGUCCAAGAAAACGAUGUUCCCUACAACGAGUUGCUCGACCGUGGUUACAAGAGCAUUGGUGACUACCACUCCACCCAGCCAGUCAAGGAGAACGAAGAUGAGCGGUCUGGUCGCUGGAAGGGCCAGGAGAAGACCGAGUGCGGUAUCCACAACCCUCGCUCCAAGUAUGCUCAGUUCCUUAUGGAGAUGGAGCGUAAGCGUCAAGAGGAGGCCCUAUCGCAGGCUCUUCAGACGUCCUUGACGACGUCUGCUCAGUAA